GCUCAAACACUCGCCGGAAUGAUGACCACCGCCGAUGAUCCAGAAUACUGGACGCAACUGAUGGCCACUUACCUCCUCCGCCCCGAAUCCGACCAUUCCGAUCAACUCCGCUCCAUUUCAUCUUCUCCCGAUUUCAAUCUUCAUUUUCCUCUCUACAUCGACUUCGCAGAAUUGUUGGAUUAUGAUCCUCGCAUUGCCCAUCUCAUCUUUUCCCAAUCCAAUACCUAUCUUCAACUAUUCGAUGAAGCUGCUCUUAGGACUCAUAGAAUUGUGUUAGGAGAAAUGGCUGGUGAUGAAAAGAAUACUGUGGUUGAGAAAAAGUACAUUCACGUUCGGAUUAACAUCAGUGGUUCUCCCCUUGAAUGCCCUGAGACUUUUCCGAGCAUAGGACGUGUACGGGUGCAGCACCGAGGGAUUCUUCUCACUCUCAAAGGGAUAGUAAUCAGGUCCGGAGCUAUCAAGAUGCAUGAAGGAGAGAGGAAGUACAUGUGCCACAAAUGCAAAAACAGGUGCAUUGUGUUCUCUUCCCCUUUUGCUCACAUUAUUAUUUAUACGGAAAGUAUAUCGUUUGUUAAUCACUCUUGGCGAGGGUUUAAGGUAAGGAUACUACUGGUCUUUUGCAAAUAAUGAAUAUUUAAAUCU